AUGUUUUUCAUUCUUAUAACAUACAUUUUUUAUCUUAUCCGAUUUUCCUUCGCUGAUCAAUGUCCAUCAUUUAAGUAUUGUACAUGUUCAUCAGAUAAAACAAUAAUAGAAUGUACAAAUCGUCAAUUAACUAAUGAACUAUUAUUAAAUCUUACUAAUCAAUUACCUAAAUCAACAAUUCUUUUAAAUCUUUCAUCAAAUUCCUUAACAUCAAUUAAAUCUUUAUCAAAUUUAAAUUCACUUCAAGUACUAGAUUUAUCAUUUAAUAAAAUUCAAUAUUUACCAUCAAAUAUCUUUGCUAUAUUUCCUCAAUUAAUUUCAUUAAAUCUUCAAAAUAAUUCAUUGAAAACAAUUCCAAAAAGUUUUACAAACAUUUCAAAUAUAAAUCUUAAUCUAGUAGAUAAUCGAUUUCAUUGUACAUGCCAAUUUAAAUUAUUUAAAAAAACUAAUUUUUCUAAAAGUAUUAUUUGUCAAAAUAAUAAAGAAUUUAAUGAAAAUGAUUUUUGUUAUAUAAAAAAUUUUCUUCAAAUUAGUCCUCAACAAUCACAAAUCGUCUAUGAAAAUGAACAAUUUAUAUUAAAUUGUUCAUCAGAUUUACAACGUUAUUGGACAUUAAACAAAAAAUUUUAUCCAUCGACUAUUACAAAACUGUCAUAUUCAACAAUAAUCAUUCAUCAUUUACAAACGAAUCAUUCAGGAUUAUGGACAUGUUAUAGUUUAAAUUUGAAUCAUUCAAUAUGGCUAACUGUGUUAAAAAGUUCAUCAAAUUCUUUUUGUCAAUCAAUACAAAUGAAUACAUCAAAAGGUUAUUUUUAUUGGCCACGGACAUUAAGUAAUAAAAAAAUUGCUAUAUAUUGUCCUUAUGGUUCAGCAGCAUGGUUAAGACAUUCAAAUGAAUAUGCUCGAGCAUGGUAUACUUGUUCAUCUAAAGGACAAUGGAUUAAUUUUGAUAUAACACAAUGUGCAUUUCAAACAAAUAUAUCACGAAUAUUUGAUGAUUUAUCAUUAAAUGAAACAAAUUUAUUAUCAAGUUUAGUUAAAUAUCUAUCAGAAAUAGAUCAAAAUUAUUUACAAUUAAAUGAUAUUAUUUUAUUAAUUGAUUUAAUUGAUGAACAAAAAGAUAAAUAUCAAAAUCAAGAUAAAAUUAUUUUAAUUUAUCAUUUAACAGAUUUUAUUUUACAAAUUAAAAUGGAUUUUAUUUUUUCAAAUGAAUAUCAAAUUGCAAUAAAAAAAUUAAGAUUAAUAAUCGAACAUUUAUUAGAUUUGACUAAUCAAUCUUGGUUAUAUAUCGGAAAAGAAUUAGCGGCUAUGACAGUACAAUCAUCAUUAUCAUCAACAUUAUGUUUUGUACCUAAUCGAUCAUUGCUAACAAUUAUUUGUGGCAUCGAUAAUCAAUUCCAUAAGUCUCCAUUAGUAACAAUUCAAUUUUUAUCUCAUUUGAAUGAAUCAAGUCAAUAUUCAUUAUUUCGUAUUAUUAUUUAUCGUCAAUCGACAUUAUUCACGUCGAAUGUGAUAGCAAAUAAUAAUAAUCCAGUUAUUCAUAUACGACCAGUGUUAAACAAUAAUUUAUCUACGAUUAAAUUAACAUUUUAUGGUCAAUCAGAUCAAGCAUCAAUUGGGAUUUGGUAUUCAAAUCAAUCAUCAUGGCAAAUAAACUCAUCUGUUUGUAAAAUAAAUGAACAUAAUUCUAAUUUUAUUUCAACUAAUUGUAUUUUAAUCAAUAAUGAGUCUUUAUCAAUAACAUAUCUUAAUCAAAAAGCUUUGUUUUUCUAUACAAAUUAUUCACAAUUACCUAUUUAUACUUCGUCAUUGAUUGCAUCAAUUUGUUUCUUUAUUUCUAUUCUUGUCUAUAUUUGUUUUUAUAAACUUUAUCAAAUACCAAGAUGUUUUUUUCAUUGUUUAAUUAAUUAUUGGCUUAGUCUAUGUAUUUUAUUACUAUUAUUUGCAUUUGGAAUACAACGAAAUCAAUAUAGAUAUUUAUGUCAAUUUAUUGCUAUUAGCCUUCAUUAUCUUUGUUUAACAACUGUACUUUGGUUAACAUUAUUAACUUAUUCGAUUUGGAGAAAACUAUCUGUUAUAUCAACAAAUGAAGAUUGUCCUCGAAAACUUUCAAUAAUAAUUAAUGAUGAUUUAACAAAAUCAGAAUUGAAACCUAAACCUGUUAUUCAAUUCUAUUUUUUAGCUUAUGGAAUAGCAUUAAUCAUUUGUUGUAUUAAUGUUGCUAUAUCACAUGAGCAAUAUAUGCGUUUAAUAAACGAAACAAAAUAUUUAGAUGAAUUAUCAGAUGUAUCGGACAUUAAGUCACAAAAUAUUUUAUUAUUAAAAUUAAAUGAAAUUUUACCAAUUUUAAUUCCAUUUAAUCAAACUAAUGAACAAAUUUCAUUAAAUAUAAAUUAUCAAAAUGAAUCAAUAAAUCAAUUAUUCUCAUUAUUAUUUCAAUUAAUUCUUCUUAUAUUUCUAUUUCUAUCAUGUUUAACUAUUUAUCUACAACCACUAAAUUUAUUUAAACUACGCUUUGAACAUAUUAUUUAUAGUCAUUUAUAUGGUUUUUUUGUUUUAGUUCUUUCAUUUUAUAUAAUUUCAUUUUAUGUUUUAUUUCGUUCUGAUUUAAUAAGACAUUAUGGUCUUAGUAGAAAAAGAAUUGAUCAUUUAUCUAAACAAUCAUGUAGUGAACCAGCAUUAUCAUUAAUGAAUUCAAAACAAAAUUAUCAAUCUGAUAUUCCUUCAUUUACAGAACGAAUUUCUUUAUUUCCAUCAUCGUAUUUCUAUGAUGUUUCAAAUAUACAUAUUCCUGAAUUAUUAGAAAAUACUGAAAGACCAUCAAUAAACGAUAAUCAUAUGGAUAAUUCAAAACUUCACACAGAGAUUACAUCGGAUUAUUGUGUUUGUCAUUGUCACAGACUGAAACCUUAUGAAAUAAGUUCAUCACAAAAUACUGUACAUGAUACAUUACCAUCAUCAUCAUUAUUAGAUAUAAUUGUGCAAGAAACUACUGAUACACACCCAUUGCAACAUAAUUCAUUCAAUGAACAAACAUUACAAAGAUCAAUUAGUGGUUUACUAGAAUUUCAUGCAAGACAAACUGAAAAUACUCAUUUGCACUCAUCUUCUAAUACGUUAUCACGAUUACGGACAUAUCCAGCUCAAGCAAUUAUUCGUCUUUUACCCAUUAUUCGUCUCUCUUCACGAAAUAUAAAGAAAAACCUUUCAAAGUCUACAAAUAUUAUUCAAUUAAAUGAUCAUAGAAAUCCAUCGAUCAAACUGAAAAAUAUUAGUAAGAAUACUCGAAAUUCGUAUUCUCUAAAGUCAUCAUCAUCCACUGAAAACGAUGAUUCUAUAUAUGUUUCUUUGAAUAAAACUGAUCAUUUAAUUCAACAAAAAUCAUCAUCAUAUGAAAAAUUAUCAAUUUGGAAAAAAUCUAUUAAUGGCCAUAAACAACUUGUAUACAUUGAUCAAGAUGAUGAACAUAGUGUUUCACUUAUAUCAUCUUAUUAUGAUUCAAAAACAUCAUCAAGUACUAUAUCAAACAAAAAAGAGUAUAAACAAACAUUGUCGUCUUCAUCAAAUAUUUCAGACCAUUCCUAUUAUGAUGCUAUUCAUACAAAUAAAAUAAAAUUGCGUGAAAGCAGUGUAUAA